GAAAGAGCUUGCUCACUGAAGUGGAACGUCACACCUGUAGGUGUCAGAGAAAGGAGAUUCAGCGGAGGAUACGAGGAUUCCUCCCGAAAAUGUCCUCAAACACCAGGAAAACCCCUCUCUAAUGCUCGGUUAUUUGUUGAUGUGUGGUUCAAAGAGGUAAAGGAGUCUGACAGAGGAACCACGAUGCAAAUGGACUAAUGUCCAUCAAAAUCUUACAAGGACGGAUACUUACGGAAUCGAAAAAUGGCAUGGAAUCACAUAUUACAAUAAACAAAACCUCUGGGAAAUAUAGAAUCUAAGAAAAUAUAGAAACUGAGCAAUCAAUAUUGUCAGCUUUCUGACACAUACAGAGAGGGAAAAAUUUCGAGAGAAGAAAAUGAGCUUCAACCGAGAAAAAUCAUACGGCGGAACCAACCUUCUGGAUUCUCCAUCAGAGGCCAAAAGACGUCGAGUGGUGGGGGACGAUGUGUCCAUAGCAAGCACACUCAGCAGUCAGGUGAGCAGCCGCUCGCACUCCCCCACAUUUUCGGAGACAUUGGAUGACAGUUUCCUCAGCACACCUGGAAACUCCCCAGCAACGACGUUAAAGCUGACGGAGAAAUUUCGAGUCAAAUAUGGUAGGACGGAGCUCCUUUCUACCAUUGAGCAAUAUCUUUUGGAUAAAGAUAUCAUUGAAGCUUGUCAGUCCCUUGAUGACACCGAGGGUACAGAUGACAAUAAGAAGGUGUCCCUGAUGGAGUUCCGUCAGCAGUACAGAGAGUUGUCCCAGUGCCUGACCAAUGUCCAGAGGGUGGCCCUAAAGUCACUGGGAUCUCAGAUGCUGUCCGAAAAGUACUUAGUACAGAGCAACAACUUAGACCUCCUGAACAAGUCUUUGACAAGACGUAAAUCUUUCAUGGACUAUGCAAAACAACUUCUUCAACGAGAGCCGAACCACAAACAGGAAAUUGACGAAAGAGUUAAUUCCCUCAGCAAAAUGUGGAGCACUUUGGAACAAGAUGUUAGCGGCAAGGCCAUGUGGCAGAACACACAGACCAUGCUUAGAGAUCUGGAGACAGACCUGAAGACUUUACAGGCCUGGCUAACAGACACAGAGCAGAAGCUGUUUUCGAUGUCGUCCCAGUACCAGCAGUCCGAUGAUGAAUUAAAGAAGAGCCUGGAGGAACACAAGAUACUGCAGAAGGAUAUAGAGUCAAAGAACCGUAACAUCAGUGCAGUUCUUCGCUUGAGUGAACUUCUUCAAAAUGACCUUGAGGACCCAAUCAAGCAUGAUGUUUUCCCCCUGCAGGAGCAGGCCUUUACUCUGCAGCAGAGAUGGCAUGAAGUCUGGCUGGCGUCUGUAGAAGUUCAGUGCAGGCUGGAAAAUGUCCUGAAAGGAGGCAGAAAGAAUGAAUUAUCACCAAAUACCUAUUUAAGAGGCUUGCUUCCUUCCCACUUUGCCCUAGAGGAUGACCCAGCACAUGUAAACUCUGAAGCAGACGACAGCUUCCAGAACCUUUUGCCGCGGCAGGCGGACUUGGUGGAAUCUCCACCCUAUGAUUGCUCCCUGUUGAGUGACAACAGUGGAAAGGACAGUGCGGUGGUCAGUGAAGUGGAAAUUAAGAUGUCCUCAGAGUGCAGCGACUCUGACCUUGACAUGCUAAGGAGGUCACAUCAGAAGUCAGAGACCCGGGACAUAGGAUACAGCAGUGGAACUUCGAUAUCUCCGUUCCCAGCUGGUCACACCAGCACGGAAUCGGACUGCGACGAUAUCAAGAAGCUCAUUGAUAAUGUGGAGAAUCUGGUAGGAGAGAAACAGAAAUCUCCACCAAGGCAGAGGAUGUUUGAGAGCCCCAAGAAAAAGAAGGGCCCCAUCAGUUCCUGUGACGCCAGCAGUGAGGACAGCGAUGCCUCACUGGAGGAUUUCUCGACAGCCUCAGAUGAUGCGGAGGGGCUGUAUGAUAGUAUGAUGGGAGGGUUAGAGUACAAUUCUGAUGUAUCUCUUCCUAAUAACCUCCCAAAUCUAUAUAACACUGCCAAACUUAGGCAGAAUGGAAAGAAAAAGAAGGAUCGACCUUGGAGUGCGAUCCAGAUCAAGGAGUCAGAUGAUGACUCUGUGACCUUUUCAAGGUCAGACACAGCCGUGGAACAGCUCAGGGAUGCUCUGGAGACCCCCACAGGAAAGUGUGAGAUGGGGAGAAGUACCCUGCCACGGGCUGGAGCUAAGAGAAAGCUCUACGAGGCUGAUGCUCCCUACACCUCAGAUCCAGGAAGUUCAGGAUCUGAAGAUUAUGCGACUGCCUACAGUGAAUUCAUUUUGUCAGAGGAAGAUGAAAACAUGGCCAGCACAGCCUCAUUCUCAGAACCUAUCUGGGAUAAUUACCACCAGGUGUAUACGUCUCUAGGGGAGGAAGAAGAACAGCCCCUGACAUGGCAGCCCCUGGAGGAGGAUUUUGAAUUUGAUGAAUUUCCUCAGUAUUCUGGUAUGCAGUCUGCUGCCACUGAAAAGAGGAAAACACCCAGACCCAAACUGGUCAGUCAAGGCAGUCGACCAGGGUAUGACAGCGAUUCAGACCUGGAGGACUUGAAUUGCUUCAUUGAAGACUCCAUCAGUCAACUUAGAAUCGCAGAUCAUCACCUGAAGAAGAAAAGCAAGGACUUCAUGGGUACUGGAGUGGAGAUCAACACAAAUAAAUAUAAUGAAAUCAUUGCCACUUGUCAGACCAACAUAGCUUGUCUACAGAGUGUGCUACAACAUCUCAAUGAUGAAGUCACAGAUGAGGAGGUAGAAAAUAUGAAAGAUGUAUUGGCACAGUGGGAGAAGUUACAUGCCUUUGCCAAGGAACGGCAGUCUGAAUCCAGUGAGUUAUCCACAAUGUACAAGUGUCUUAAGGACGUGGAGGCUGAACUGUCCAGCUGUGAUGAAGGGACCAAGUCAUUCAGCAGUCUUAGAGACCUGGAGCAUUGUCUAAUCAGCACUAAGACAAAGCUGGAGAGCCUGCCCUGUGUAGAAAACAAAAUGGCCACAUUACACAGAAUGUGCAGUGGAUUUCAGUUGGAACAUCCUGCCAUUAACUUACUGGCUUUCACUCAACAAGUCAAUAAGACCAGCAGUAACCUCAGCAGAACCAGAGACUUACUGACAAAGCAGUUGUCCGAACUGGAGUCUGAGUUCCAGGUUUGGAGUGAAUAUGUUCAGGAGAGGAAUGCCCUUGAGGAGCUCUUGUCCUCAGAAUUUGAUAUGGACCUCAUGAUGGCACACAUGCAGAGGGAGGACACUAUACAAUACCUUAAUUCAGUGAAUGAAAACCUACAGAAAUAUGAGGAAAAGUGCUGCCAUCUGCAAUCACUGCGAGGACGUAUAAUGCAGUUUGCAGAUGAGCAGAUGAAAGUGGACAUUACAAAUGAGACGGCAGAUAUACAGGACAAAAUGUUAGAGGCCCACAGACAGUAUAGGACCUUAGUGUGGUCCGUUAAUCAGGGAUCAAUAGACUUACCACAAAAGAUGCAAAAACAUCCAAGUGACCUUGCAUCAAAUUCCGCAGCUGAAGGUCAGACUACGACACCGUCCCGGUCAUGGUACCGCUCAGGUUACGUCAAGGCAGCUGGGGUAUUUGUCAUGUUUGGUAUCGCCUAUCUCGUGGACCCUGAGGCUAUCAAACACCUGGGUGAUCUCACAAUUACACUUGCACCAGAACUCAGAUAUGUCAAUGGCCCACCGCCCAUUUAAAUUUAUAAUUUAUAAAUAGGUCAGGAGAAGAUAUAUUUUUAAAUAUGUAUAUAUUUUAGAUUAAUGUUUUUUUUUGUAAGAAGUCAAAAAUAGGAAGAGAGAAAAAAUUCACAAAAAAAGGAUAAUUUGUGUUAAUAAAUUAUAUUUUUCAAUUUUGUAUAAGUGUAAAAGGGUUUUAAAAAUGGUUUAAUAUAACAUUUGUAUAGUAUAUUAAUCAGAAGUACAAACAUCAUUCCCGUACUUAAGCACAAUUCUUAAACAAUAUGAAAAUAAAAGACCGGUAUGCACACAAUUCAGAGUUAAGAAGAAUAUCAAAAUAAAAGUUCUUAUAUACAUACAGGUGUAUUUAUAUUUGAUACAAUGGGUUAAAACAAAACCAUGGCACAUGGCAAUUAUUUAUUGAUUUUUAAAUUCAAAAUAAAAAUGCAUUUAUCAUUUCCAGAUUGAUAUUUCACAAUCAGUUUCACACAGGCAGCUAUUUACACAACACGGCCUCAGCGAAGGGAGGCAAUCCUACAAUGUACAUUUAUAUAUAUUGUCUCAUCAGGUUGUUCACUAUGUCUCCACUUCAUUUGUACAUAGCUUAUUUAUUUUAUUGUUAAAUUUAUUUUUUGCAUGGGUAGGUCCAGCUGCAAUAAUGUAGCCUUCUCUGAUAUUUUUUAAUCUGAUGUUUUUAGGGGAGAGCUUUGUCCCACCAAGAAAUAAAAAUAAUGGGGAGGGCUACAUUAUUGUAGCUAGGAUACGGCAUAAGGUCAAGUGUAUACCUAUUCAAGGUCAAAUUGGGUAUUGUAGCCAUGUUCUAAGAUGUGUAAAUAAUAUUAAGAUGAUUGUAGAGCUGGCUAUAUUAACAGGGACUUAAAUUAUGCAGUCCUUUGCAAAGAAAUAUUGUAAAAGUAAAUUGAGAGGUGGACCUAAAGGAUGAUAAAAGUGAAUUCAUAGGUCUGUCCACUCAAAAAAGAAAAAGCCCACUAAUGGCAUUUACUAAAUUAGGGGUCCAAACGAGAAAAUAGAAAAAACUUUGGGCAUUUAAAAAUGUGAGUAAAUAUCUCUUAAUAUAUACAACACUAUUAUUGAUGAUAGGUAUUAUUUUGGUGUUGUGAUACAUGUACCAUCUUCAGAGGUGCUUCUUAAAAGAGAUCCAUUUAUAAAAGAGAUUUGCCUCUUAAAGUGAACAUUCUGUAAGAGAAAGUACUUU